AUGACACGAAAUGACUCCGCAAAACGAGUAUAUACCUGUGCAACACAGAUUCUUGGAAAUUUAGAAAUAAUGCCACAAAAUGCAUCAGUUGGAGAGCGGCGUUUUCGAAAAGGACGCUGUGCAAUCUUGUUAUUUCAAGGAAUUGAAAAAGAUCAAGUUGUCUCUAUUUAUGCCAACAAAGAUGUCUGGAUAGGCCGUCAUGAGCGUUGUGAUGUAGUUUUGGAGCAAAAGAUGGCAAGUAACUAUCAUUUUCGCAUAUAUACGGUAUUUUUUUUAAAUGGAGAUUAUAUGUGCCAACUGGCUGAUAUUCACGAGGUUUCAGUAGAACGUGGGUUUGAUCAGAUCCAGGAAACUGAUCAGCUGUGUUACUGCGAGGAUUUGAGUCUUAAUGGGACAUAUCAUAAUGGAAGAAAGAUUGGGAGGAACCGUAUUGUUUUGCUGAGCAAUGGGGACAAACUGGACAUUCGACAUUGUGCAUCAUUUAUUUUUCAACAGGAACAUGCAUUGACGGAUAUUUUCAAGAGAAUUGAUUGUGACAAAGAGGUGUUUCGAGACAAAUAUGAGAUUACACCGCGGCUUCUUGGGUUAGGAGGGUUUUCAGAGAUUUAUAUGGCGGUUGAGAAAUCGACGGGAAAACAAGUGGCAUGUAAAAUUAUAUCAAAAGUUUCUACUAAAUUUAAUGGAUCAAAAUAUCUUCACGAAGCACAAAUUUUAAAGAAUCUUUCGCAUCCUAAUGUAAUUCGAGUAUUUCAUGAAGUAGAAACAGAAAGAAAUUUUUUUAUUUUUGAAGAAUUAAUACAUGGCGGGGAUUUAUAUGGAUUAUGUGUUAAAUAUGGGCAACUUAAGGAAACUGACUGUAUGUUUAUAGUUUUACAAAUGCUUAAAGCAAUUCAAUAUCUUCAUUCUCAAAAUGUAAUUCAUCGUGAUUUAAAACCUGAAAAUAUUUUGAUAAUUGGGACAUCGAUUUCUGGUGGAUUUCGUAUCGUUUUAACGGAUUUUGGUGUUGCACAGCAACUUGGGGCUUUUUCUCGAAUGAAAACAUUUGUCGGUACGCCUUCUUAUCUUGCGCCAGAAAUACAUUCUUGUGCAGCCCGAAAUGAUAAUUGCGAGAGUAUUAAAGGUUAUGGAAAAGAAAUUGAUUUAUGGAGUCUUGGAGUUAUAAUGUAUGCACUCUUAGGGGGCUAUAAUCCUUUUGAUAACGGAGAAGCAACAGAGAAAGAGAUCAUGCGUAAAGUCCAGAAAGGAGAAUUUGAUUUUUCUGGAGAUUCUUGGUUCAAUGUAAGUAUUGAAGCUAAAGAUUUCAUUUCAGGACUUCUUCGCAAAAAACCUGCAGAUCGAUUUACUGUCGAUGAUGCCCUGAAUCAUAUUUGGAUAUCUCGUCAUCGUGUUAUUUUAGAAAAAGUUUAUAAUGAAAAGGUUUUAGCCAAUUGGGAUGGAAAACCAUGUUGUGUUUCAGAAAAGAAACCUAUUGGGUUACCGACAAAAAGUAAUUUAUUUGAAAUAGAAUCUAAUAUACAGCCAACUAGCUUUUUUCCAAAUAUACUUAAAGAACAAGAAAUAAAUAUUAGCUUUAAUUCUAUUCAGAAAGAAAAUGAUAUUUUGAAAAAAGACAAAAGGAAGUUUACUUUGCAACCAAAAUCUAAAAAAAGAAUUCUUUUAGAGAACCCUAGUACGCUUAAUAUUUUUAGGGAAAAUUCCGAAUGGAAAUCAAAUAAAUACUUUCGCUAG